AUGUAUGCUCAGGUUUGUACUUGCCCGGAUAUAGCUUUUGCCGUUAGUAUGCUUGGUAGGUAUCAAGUUAAUCCAGGAGAGAUUCAAUGGACAGCGGGCAAGAAAGUUUUGAGAUACCUGAAGAAAACUAGAGACUACAAGUUAGUGUACAGGAAAGGUGAAUCAUUAGAUGUGGUUGGGUAUUCUGACUUAGAUCAUGCAGGUGAUAAGGAUGACUUGAAGUCUACUUCUGGUUUUGUUUUCCUCAUGGCUGGUGGAGCAAUAUCAUGGGAUCUUAUUCGUUGCACUCAGGUUGUUCCAACUAUAGAAAGACCGAUGCCUAUCUAUUGCGACAAUUCUGCUACAGUUUUCUUUACAAAGAAUAACAAGAGGUCUUCUAGCUCAAAACAAAUAGAAUUGGAAUUUCUUCAUGUAAGGAAGAAAAUUGAAGAGCUAAAGGUGGCUGUUGAAGACAUCAGGACAACAGAAAUGAUUGCUGAUCCCCUCACCAAACCUGUGUCAGUUUCAAUUUGGUUUAUAUUGAUUGCUGCAAUUUGA